AUGGAUGGCAUCCAGGGAUCGACUCUGCAGCAAAGACAGAUGUUCUGCAAUCUGCGAAAGGGAGCCCAUGUCCCCGGAUAUCAAGGCUACAUACCGCAGUUGAAAUACAGAAUAUCAGAUACGUAUGGGACAGCUACACAUCAUAUUGCUCAAGAUAUUCCGUACUUCCGUAGUCCGACAAUGGGUCCUGGAGAAUUACAAAAUUCUGAGGAAAUGACUGCUCCACCCCUUCCGGAAGGACAUGGAAAUUUUGCCUCGCCAUUGGUGCCUGGAUAUACAGGCUAUAUUCCGCGAUUAAACUUCAAGUUUGGCUGUACGUACGGAAGAGACGCCACAAAUUCCAUCCGCGAUUUUCUGGAACGCAAAAAUGAAUACGAAGCUCAACAGAAUUCUCUCAACGAGUACAUCAUCGUUCAGCCACCGAUGAUCCAGUCAUCGACGGAUGAGUACUUCCGAGAGCGGCUCAAUUCUUUUAAGGACAAGUAUUCGGCUCAAACUUCAUACCUUCGUGCUCGACGCCCCAUCAUUGAACCACCGAUUCCAGGUUAUACUGGUUAUAUUCCGUUGAUUAAACCAACCGAGACUGGACUUGGUGCAAGAUUCCAUCACAUCAGCGAUGCUGCUUUGAAAAAUUUCUGGUCCAGCCGUGGUGCAUCUGCAGAUAUUCCGACUAGCACGUUUGUUCCAGAAAGCCGAAGCGAUCACAGCAAAAGAAUUUAUAAGCAAUCGGGUAUGAUUCCUCUCUACACCGGUUAUGUGCCACAGAAAAUAUAUCACCAUGGUUACACUUAUGGAGAAACAACCCGUUCUCUCCCAGUUUGUUCGCAUAACGAACGUAAUUAUGGUGAAUUUGUUAAAAAGACUAACCCAAUUUCGGCUUAA